AUGACCGAGCGGCACAUCAGUCGAAUCAUUUCGGAUGUCCUCAGUGGUCUCGAGUUCCUCCAUUCCAAGAAGAUCAUGCAUCGCGACUGUCGCUCCGACAAUGUCAUGAUUGGGAGCGAUGGCGUCUCAAAGCUGAGCGACUUUACUCACGCCUGCCAAUUGGAGGGAAAGCGCAGGAGUGUGGUCGGAACGCCCUUCUGGAUGGCCCCCGAAGUCAUCAAAGCAGCAGCAUACGACUACAAGGCCGACAUUUGGUCUCUCGGCGUUGUGCUGUACGAAAUGGUAGAGGGAGAUCCGCCGCGGAUUGAUCUACCGCCCCUACGAGCCAUUACUCUUACUGCCACGGUCGGUCUCCCGCCCAUUUCGCACCCUGAGCGAUUUUCGCAUGAGCUGAAAGAGUUCCUCGCAUGGAGCACUGAGAUGGACCCAGACAAUCGACCAUUCGCUGAGAUAUUGAUGAACGUGAGUUUCCUUUCGCUUCGACACUCGUAG